CAAAUAACAAUUCGUGGAGCGCAAGUGAGUGAUGGAGGCAAGUACACAUGCAAGGCGCAGAAUGAAGCAGGCUCCGCGGAUAUUGAUCUGUCCUUGAAAGUACUGAUACCGCCCAGUAUUGACACAUCUAAUAUUAUUGGAAACCCGCUGGCUGUUGCAGGAAGAUCGAUAUAUUUAGAAUGCCCCGUUGCCGGAAUACCCCAGCCGUCAGUUAUCUGGCACAAAAAUGAUGUACCAAUAUCGUCUGAGGACAAUCGCAUUGUUCUUGAUCAGGUUGUACUAAAUGCUUACGUUCAUUGA